UCCUCAACCAUCACAAUUCACCAAACAUCAAUCUACCAACCCAUUUCGAAUACUAUACAUUACACAUAGCUCCCACUAAUUGACACCAACUUAUCUUCUCAAACCUCCAAAAAUUCAUCAAUGGAGUUUGAACCAACCACCACCCAAUCCUCUGAAUCCCCAGAAAAUGAUAACAAAAAUCCGCCAUUGUUAACCCCCUUUAAACCUCCAACUGCUUCCCUCUCUCUUUCUCUCUCCUCUGCUCUUACUCUUCCUACCCACUUCUUCAUCCCUUCCAAAAUCACCCAACUUUUCUCCCCCAAAAACGUCAAAAUCCCACCUCAAAUCACCUCUGCUCUCUCCACUCUUUCUCUCUCUUCCUCCACUCUCUCUCCUCCAAAACCCUUCUCCAAAAAGUCCUCAUUCUCCGCUACCCCUCUUCAAAACCCUCUUUCUGUCAACCCUCGCCUUCCUUCAGACCCCUCUAAUGGCGCCGCUGUUCGAAGAGCCACCAUUGUUUGGUUCAGAAAUGACCUUAGAGUUCAUGACAAUGAGUGUCUUACAACUGCAAACAAUGAGUCAAUGUCUGUUCUUCCUGUUUACUGUUUUGAUCCUAGGGAUUACGGGAAAUCCUCUUCUGGGUUCGACAAAACCGGGCCGUUUCGGGCCUCUUUCUUGGUUGAAUCGGUUUCUGAUCUUAGGAAGAAUCUUAGGGCAAGAGGGUCUGAUUUGGUUGUGAGAAUUGGGAAACCUGAGACUGUUCUUGUUGAGUUGGCCAAAGCAAUUGGAGCUGAUGCGGUGUAUGUGCACCGGGAAGUGUCAAAAGAGGAGGCGAAAUCGGAGGCGAAGAUUGAGACAGCAAUGAAGGAUGAAGGGGUUGAAGUGAAGUAUUUUUGGGGUAGUACAUUGUAUCAUUUGGAGGAUUUGCCCUUUGAAUUGCAGGGUAUGCCUACUAAUUAUGGUGGGUUUAGGGAGAAAGUGCAAGGGUUGAAGGUUAGGGAUACUAUUGCUGCUUUGGAUCAGUUGAAAGGGUUGCCUUCUAGAGGGGAUGUGGAGCCUGGAGAGAUUCCUUCUCUUGUUGAUUUGGGUCUUAACCCAAAUGCUACAUUGUCUCAGGAUGGAAAACCAUCUGCUAAUGGUUCCCUGGUGGGAGGAGAGACUGAAGCAAUGCAAAGACUCCAAAAAUUUGCAGCUGAAUGCAAGGCACAGCCACCAAAGUCCAAGGACGGCACUAACAGCAUAUAUGGUGCCAAUUUCUCGUGCAAAAUUUCUCCAUGGUUAGCCAUGGGAUGCCUUUCUCCUCGACAUAUGUUUGAUGAGCUGAAGAAAACUGCUUCCAGAACAAUUUCUGCUUCAAACCGAAAAGAUGGUGAUGAUGGAAUGAACUGGUUGAUGUUUGAACUUCUGUGGAGGGAUUUUUUUAGAUUUAUCACAGCAAAAUACAGUUCAGCAACGAAACAUGCCAAUGCUACUCCAGCUACUGCUUGCACAGGUGCACUUGCUUAAGCAAUUUUAUAUGGUGAUAUACGUGUGAGAGAUUAGGGUAGCUGACAACAGCAAUGGGCUCCUGUAUAACAAAAAGUUGCAAAUGUUGGAGCUUUUAUUUUCGGGGUCAGCUUAUUUCUGCCAGUUUUUUUUCUCCUUCUGAGGAUCUGCAUAUUUUGUCAAAAACAUAUCCCUUGUAAACAAUGUCCAUCUUUUGAACUCUUGACUGGGCUACUAAUAAUCAAAACUUCAGCUUUAGGCUAUGGUAUAUCUCACUAAAUAUCAGGCUAAUUAAUACUUGUAGUUUUUUCGGUUGGCAAUUAAUGCAUUUUGUAUGAAGUUGGGAGUUAUUUCAUUA